GUUGGUAAGAAGGGAGGCAAAAAGAAGGGUGGUUCUAUGCAGACUGUUUCUUCACAGUUCAGGGAGAACUUGGGCAAGCUGAUGACAAACUUGAGGAGCACACAUCCUCACUUUGUGCGCUGUCUGAUUCCCAAUGAGUCAAAGACUCCAGGUCUGAUGGAGAACUACCUGGUCAUCCACCAGCUCCGGUGUAACGGCGUGCUGGAGGGUAUCAGAAUCUGCAGAAAAGGUUUCCCCAGCAGAAUCCCCUAUGCUGACUUCAAGCAGCGAUACAAGGUGCUGAACGCCAGUGUCAUCCCUGAUGGCCAGUUCAUGGACAACAAGAAGGCUUCAGAGAAGCUGCUUGGGUCAAUUGAUGUUGAUCAUGACCAGUACAGAUUUGGACACACCAAGGUAACCAACAUGAUUUACUUACCUGCUAUGAUAUGUUUUUCAGUCCAGUGUGAUUUUCUGAUAAUUUUAUGUAAUAUAUAUCUAUAUCUAUCUAUAAGGUUAAUUUGGUGCCCAGACAAUGGGAAAGAUAAACAAAUGAUUUAGUGUUAGGAAUGAAGUUGA